CGGCGAUUGGCUACCUCUUGGCAAGAAGAGACAUGGCCGACUCGGCGUCUCGCUACAACAUGGACCACUCACAGUGGAGAACAUGAGAAGACCAAAUCUGCGUGUCGAGGUUCAAGUUGCAUGACAUUGCAGCCAUUGAGGAUUACUUUAUUACCAGUGCAUUCACAAUACUUCAGCACUGCGCCGCUUAUAUUAGGUACCAGGUACUAGUACCUCCGUCCUCAGGUCAAAGCACUAUAGAAAUCUCCCCGGCCGGCUUUGACGGACGAUAGCUUUCUGUGCCCUCUUCCACUGUCGAGCACCUCCCCCCGAGCCCGCCUCGUCACCUCACAAUAGCGUGCAAGAACAGCAGCCAGCAAGAGAUGAGAUGACCGCCCCUACUACUAGUCCUACAAGUAGUGGCAGUAGUAUGAUAUGACGCCUCCGACGAGCCUGGUUCCCUCGAAAAAUGCCCUCCGAGCUCUGCGCCAUCUGGCCUUGUCGAAUCCUUCGAUCCUUGUCGGCACGGUUGGAAGCAUAUGCGGUAUUGCCGCGCUGAACUACGAGACUUGUCGCCGAGUACGUGUGGCGGAGCGGAUUGUCGAGACCAAGCGAGUCCUGAGGUCCGUGUCCAGCGGAAGAGGCGCCGCGCAUCUCGACGCCCUGUUUGAGGCUGCGGAACGAGGGGAUGACUUUACUUUGGGGUCGCGAGGAGGCAGCAGGAGAAGCAGGAGAAGAAAGGGCCCGGGAGAGCAGUAUAGGGAUAUGUCGACCGCAGCCUCUGUGCCUCGGGACUUGGACAGUGCGGACAGUUCUUCUUCUCUGGCCAGAGCUGUUGGUGGUGUCGAGCAUGAUGAUGCUGGUCCAGCUGGAGGACGCCGGGUUGGCGGUCGCGAAUCAGACCUGCAAGUUGGUGAGAGCCAGGUUGUGGAAGAUACCUCUACCGCUUCUCAGCGGAGGACGAGGUUGAGAUUCAGAAAGAUUUUCAUGUCGGGCGACGACGGAAAGCGCCACAAUAUCUCACCUCAGCAUAGCAUCUCGACUCGCCGUGCUGAAGAACAGACGAUACCUAGUGGGCAACAUGAGGCCGAGAGUCUUCCUGGAUGUGUUGAAAAGUGGCUAUCUCAAGGUCCAGCUGAACAUGAGGGUACAAGUUCGACUGCUUGGCGGAGCGCAGGUUCUAGCUCUGCAGCUGAGCUUGAUCGUGGUCAUAGCCACACCGAUAAUAUGCUCAAGACUGACUCGGUCAAUACCAGCAGUGUACUUGAGGGUAUUUCGUCGAGUCAGCAUUCACAGUCAUCGGAUACUGCUCCAGCUAGAGACUCUUCCGACAUACGCCGUGAUCACCCCCGGCGGUCGCCUCCACAUCUCUCCGGUUCACACAGCUCUGAUACGAGUGGAACAGCGGUACCUCAAAUUGAAGACAACAACCCAGACAGCUGGACUGUACCAAUCAAGAAAAUACCCUCAGGAGGAUCGAGCCACCUCCAGGCUCAUCUCCAUUCUUCAUCUCCGGGGAGCGUUCCUCCGAACAAGGGCCAGUUGAGUGGGGCCUCUGUGCAUCGAGCGGGUGCCUCUAAGCACCGAAAUCCUCGUCCCUCAGAUGCUGCACAAAAUGCUCACAACUCACCAAAGGCACAGGGCCAUGGGUUGCAGUGGACGCCUCUGCUUUUCUCGUCGCGGUCCGGUUUCGAGACACAGUCUCCUUUGGGAGAUGGUGUCGAUCCAGCAUGGCCGGAUGAUAUUGACCUUAAAGAGUUGACUCGAACUCAGAGCGCAGGGUUCGAAGGUCAACUUGGGGACUUUUCGAUCCCCCACCACCUGAUUAUGGGUGAGGCUGACGAAGUAGUCGAGCAAGCCCUGAAGGAGCACCUGUUGAGAGCAAAUGGGACAGCUUCAUCAAAACCUUCAUCAUCUUCCACGUCUCCGAUGGUCGGACAUGCCACACAUACGAUUACUCCCGAGAUACUGUCCCAUCUGGUGGCAUUCAUACGUCCACCAACUGGCCAGUUGAGUAAGCCGAUACAAUAUCGCCGAUUUGCUGCCGUCAUGAGACAUCUUGUCGAAGCAGACCCAGAGCCCGAUUGGUUUACGGCGGAGGCAGUCUUUCACGCAGGUCGUGGUCUGUUUGACGUGGAUGAGAUAUUCUGUCGACCAGUUUAUGAUCUCCUCAGACAUAUGCUCUCUACAGAAACAAGCUAUGCGCGUGCUCAAGAGAUCCUGUUCGGGAAUGUGAGUGGUAGGUACCAUGUGACGGAUGCAACUUACGAACUGGGCGCCAAGUAUCUGUCCCUGUUCUGUCAGCUCAACCAGGACUAUUCGAUUCGGGUGGCAGAGAUGGCCAAACUCAUCAAACUUGCAAAGGAGCGCGGGUUAGAACGGAGUGAAAACUUGGCCAUGCCUGUUCUCCGAGCAGUCGUUUUCCAAGGGGACACCGAAGCCGCGCGGACACUUAUAGACGAGUUGCAAUUGUCUUUUGAAGGCCGCAGUCUUCGGCGCCUUUGGGGCGAGUAUGCCGUCUGGAAUGCCGCCCAGGGAAAUUGGGAAGAAGCACAAUGGAUUCUGGAUCGAAUGCAGGAGACUGGCUAUUCCAGGCAUCAGCCAGAGCAAUAUGCCGCGGUGUUUCAUCGAAUGUUGGUGCAAUAUCUGUCCAAGAACACGGCACACCGAGCCUUUGGAUUCACGAUCAACGCCAUCAAAUACACGGGAUUAAUACCCACCGGCCGGAUAUCAAGAACAGUGGUAUGCGCUUGUAUUCGAGAACAUCGGUACGACUUGGUGUUUGAGUGGACUCGUCUCGUCACCGAAGCAUUCCCCAGGUUGACCUCAGGGUUCAUGACUGCGCAGGGUGCCUGGCAGCUCGCACAUGCCCUGCAAGAGGCCGGUGCCAGCUGCAGGGAUAUUACGGACACAUGCCGGGCGAUCGCCCAUGGAUGUUACGACGAUCCAUUUCCUCAUUAUCUCAGGCCUUUACUGGCGGAUCUGGUGAAGCUGGACUUGAGUCAUCGUCUAGAGGCCGCUUCAGCCCUAGAUUCUCAGGCGCUGUUUUCGGCCGACGGUGUGCCUUUGAUGACGAUGAACCAACUGCUCCAAGAAGCUCGACGAUUUUGUGCUACAGAAAGCCAAAUUGGCGCGCCGAUGGAUCAAGAUAGGCUGAAACAAGACUUGGCCAUGCAACUCGACGCGGUUGAGGAGCUCACCAGAGUCUUCCGAGGAGAUGUCUUUAUGGCAGAUUUGCCGUACGAAGUCGUGGAAGGCGAAGAGCCCAUCACGUCCGAGGGGACACCCACUGCCGACAAUCAGAGUAGACGACCGCCCAGGCUAUCGCCGUCGUCAUCAUUAUCUGGCAAGACGAAAUCUUCCCCAGCCAUGAUCAACUCGGCCUUUGCCGACGUCCUCACACAGCACAAGUCGCCUCCGAGGUACGAAGAUGUAUCGACAGCCGUCAUGAAUCACUACGCAACGCGAGCCAAGCAAGGCUUGGGUAUUGACCAUUCCCUACUAAAACAUGUCGUGGACAGAUUCGCACCACAAAACCCCAUGGACGCACUAACUCUAAUCGAGGAAGUGUACGACAGCGACUACGUCCAAGGCAUGCAUGGCGUCCCCUUUGACAAUGACUUUUUUGUUAAAUGGCUCCAAAUCGUCACGACCGUCGGGUCCGUCAAAGCCGCUUCGACGGCAUUAUGGGCGGUCGUCGACUCCGCCCGACAUAUCCAAUGGACAUUGGACUUUUCUUUCUGUCUCAACAUCGUCACUUGUAUUUGUCUUGGAGGGUCUGGCGCCGGCGCCGAAAUGGUGGUCAAAACGGACAACACCUCUAAGGGGAUGCAAUGGCAUCACCACAAGAACAAGAACAGAUACUCUAGUAAUGAGUCGAAAAUGCUCACGCCGGAAAUGUUUUAUUUGGGACGGAGAUUAUGGUGGACAAGGCUCCGCUCGCCGCAUUAUGUCCAUGACACCUUUGAGUUUCCGAAAUGGCGGCCUUGGGAAUUGGCGCUGCGGGAGGCCGCGGCGAAAUAUCAUGCGUCACCGACGAAGGCGGCGUCAUAAAAAAUGGGCAAAGGAACAAAUGAAUGGUUCAUUGAUGGGUUCCAAUCGAUUGAACUCCUAUGGUAUAUAGUUGUCAUGGAGGGUGCCGAACAUACUACUACUAGUAGGGAUGACCUAGGGGUUUUACAUAUUGUAUAGUUGCUGUGUGCUGGGGUCGGCAUUGGCAAUGACGAUGAUGAUAAUACAACAAGCUUGAUCUAACAAGAUCCAGGUGAAGUUGACUUCCUUGGUUGCUUCUUUUUUUAUUGUCUCAUCUAUUUUCGUUUCCGUUUUCUCUUUUGAGCAGGCUGUCCUCUUUCCGGGUACUAAUAUAUCUCUAUGUCUG